AUGGGUCAUCUUUCUGAUGUCGUCGCAGCUUACACGCCUCAAGGUCCCCAGGCCUGGGUUUCACUUCUACUGGUGGCAUUUGCAGUCUACUCUGUGCAGUUAGUACUUAGGAGGCUCUACUUCCAUCCCCUAUCCAAAAUACCUGGGCCAUUUCUUGCGCGGACGACGUACUGGUACGAAUUCUAUCAAGAUGUUAUCCUGGGCGGGGUGUAUGUGAAAAACUACCCUGCUCUUCACGAGAAAUAUGGUCCUGUCAUCAGAGCCAGCCCAGAUCGAGUUCACGUCAGUGAUCCCGACUUCUUCCAUGAGGUCUACUCGUCUGGGUCCAAGUACAUGAAGGAUCCUGCCUUUUUUCAGUCAUCUGGUGGCAUUCCCGAGGCGCUUCCUGCUAUUGUCGACGUCGAGUAUCAUAGGCGCCGGAGGAGGCUCAUCAACGACUUGUUCUCCGCCAAGUCCAUGGAAGCACUGUCUCAUCUCGUUCUGAAGGUUGUCCAAAACGCCCUUAAGAAGUGCCAUGAGCAUCAUGACGAGAGAAAGGUUCUCGACAUCCAGCGUCUCUACACCGGCAUCACCAUCGACACCAUCAUGCGAGUUCUCUGCGACCGCACGCUCAACUUCAUCGAGGCGACGGACGAGGAGCCGCCCUUCCUCGCAACCCUGCGCACGUUCUCGGAGAGCUUCUUCCUCUUGAAGCACUUCCCAAUCCUCAUUUGGAUGGCGCUCAACAUCCCGAAGAGAAUCGCCGCCAAGAUGAUCCCGGGAGAGUUUGAGUUCCGCGCCAACAUCAACCAGUGGAUCCGCGACCGUGCCGCGGAACACAAUCUCGGCGUAGGGAAGGCCAGCGACGGGCGUAAGACCGUCAUUGAUCUUUUGCUGCUUCCCGAGGACGGGGGCAAGCCGUUGACGUACCAGGCCGUCGAGGACGAGACCUACUCGUUCGCCUUUGCCGGGACGCACACCACCAGCCAUACCAUGAGCAUGGGCACUUACUACCUGCUAAGCAACCCGAGUAAGCUUCAGAAGCUUCGAGAUGAGCUGAAGACGGUGCCCAAGAACGAUCAAGGACUUUACGAGUACAAAACUGUGCGGUCCCUGCCGUACUUGAACGCCUGCAUCAAGGAGUCCCUCCGCAUGUCCUCGCCCGUUCCCGGCAUUCUUCCGCGUCUUGUCCCCGACGCCGGCAUGACCUGGAAAGGUCACUUCCUACCAGGGGGCACCUCCGUCUCUAGUUCCGUACGCUCGGUUCACGACAACCCUGAUGUCUUCCCUGAUCCCGCUCAAUUCAUCCCCGAGAGAUGGCUGGGGAACAAUAACUUGGACCACUACCUCGUUGUCUUUGGAAAGGGCUCUAGAGCUUGUAUUGGUCUGAACGUUGCUUGGAUGGAGACCUACCUCACCUUCUCCAACUUCUUCUCCUCGUUCGACAUGAGUCUCUAUGAAACCAACGAAGCUACCACAGAUUGGACUGACUGCGGAAAUGCUAUGAUCAAGAAGCACGUCAGAGUUAAGAUUGAUUCCAUCGCAGUCUAG